CCCAAAUCGACUUCCACUAGGUUCUAGUCUCUCUUUGGGUUCUUCCUCUUCAAUCGCUCUCUUCUUCUGCUUCUUCUGUUGAGAAUUCGUUCCCUUUUCACGUCGACGAGAGGUGCCACACCCUACACCAAUGGAGAUGGAGGGCAAUAGCAGGAUCUACCAUCUUUUCGUUAAGCUCUUAGACGGAAAAACCCUUACCCUCAGAUUCGCCUCCCCAACUGUCUCCGCCAUCGCCGUCAAGAGCCGUCUCCAUGAGAUCACCCGAAUACCCUCCUGCCACCAGCGCCUCCUCACCGGCGUCCAUCAGAUCUCUGAUGAAUCCACAAUCUCGUGCCCCGACGACGGCGUGGCGAUCUUCCCCACCGUCAAUCUCCUCCUCCGCCUUGUCGGUGGAAAGGGAGGGUUCGGUUCGCUCCUGCGUGGUGCCGCGACGAAGGCCGGGCAGAAGAAGACGAAUAACUUCGACGCGUGCCGCGACAUGAGUGGGCGGAGGCUGAGGCACGUGAAUGCGGAGAAGAAGUUGGAGGAGUGGAUGGCGGAGGAGGAACAGAGGAAGCUCGAGAGGAUCGCUGAGGAGUUCAUAAAGAAGAAGGCCAAGAAGGGGAAGAAGGGGGUUGGGGAAGGUGAGGCCGAGAAGUAUGUGGCGAAGUAUCGGGAGGAGUCGGAACGGUGCGUCGCUGAGGUCCUUGAUUCGGUGAACGACUCAGUGAAGCGGAAGGGUGGACCGGCUGGGGGAGCGGAGGCGAAGCGUUUGAAGAUUUGGAUGGGGAAGAGAAAAAUGGCUGAAAGUGAUAGCGAUGAUACGGAUGAGGAUUGCAGUGAUGAGGAAGAAGAAAGGGAGAAAUCUGUUGUAUUAAAUCAUGGUAACAAUUCUGAUUCAAGCAAGGAAGCUGAGGGUAGUUUUGGUUCAGUUACUGGUGGAAAACAUGAGGACGUAUUUUCUGGUGGACCAUCCUGUGAAAGUGGCUCAGAGGAAGAGAAAGAGACUGUUAUGCAGGGAAUGGUGGAAUCUGGUGGUUGCAAAGUUAGGGAAUCUCUUCAUUCUGAUGCAGAAAGUAAUGACAAGAAGAAUUCUCAGAGUACAACUGUACCUUGUUUGGAGGUUACAUUAGUUUUGGAAUCUGAAGCAUUGCCAGCUGAAAAGCUGGAAGAAGCAACCAGUGAACUCCCCAAUGUCUUGAGUGCAGAAAACGAGGAUGGUCUUGAAAGUGCAUCAGUUGAUGCUGAAGCCAAUUCGUCAGAGUCUAAAUCUAGAGUUCUUGAGGAAACAGUUGCCGGUGAAAAUACUGAAGAAAUGGAGAAGCCCCUAAAUUUUGAUGAAUUUAAUACAGGUGCAGAGAUGGAGGUACUUGGCAUGGAAAGGUUGAAGUCAGAACUGCAAGCACGUGGGUUAAAAUGCGGGGGUACUUUGCAAGAGCGUGCUGCCAGGAUUUUCCUGCUAAAAUCUACGCCUUUGGAUAAGCUCCCUAAGAAGUUGCUGGCAAAAAAAUGAUGCCAACAUGUAUUGUGGAGGAAUUUCUCAACUUAAUUGUGAGAUAACUACUUAGGUUGAAUCCUGUAUAUUUUUUGUUUUUUUGGUUAACUCAGUUCUGUUAAACUGCAUAUGGCUUGUAAAAUGUACGACAUCUGGAUUUCGCUGCU